UCGGCGCGUGCACAAAGCCCUUUCCAAACUCAGAAGAAGUACGCUGUAGCUGAGAAGAGUGGGCCGGUCACCGCUGCAAUAAUCAUGGCACCAGCUGGAUCCAAGAGGGGCAUUCUGGAGCGUCUGGACGCGGGGGAGGUGGUCAUCGGGGACGGGGGCUUUGUCUUCGCCCUUGAGAAGCGAGGCUACGUGAAAGCCGGGCCGUGGACACCUGAGGCAGCUGCUGAGCACCCCGAAGCCGUGCGCCAGCUGCACAGGGAGUUCCUGAGAGCGGGCUCCAAUGUCAUGCAGACCUUCACUUUCUACGCGAGCGACGACAAACUGGAGAACAGGGGCCACACUCAGCACUUCACCGGGCAGCAGAUCAAUGAAGCGGCCUGCGACCUGGCCAGGGAGGUGGCCAACGAAGGCGAUGCUCUGGUGGCUGGAGGAGUGUCUCAGACGCCCUCAUACCUCAGCUGCAAGAGCGAGAAUGAUGUCAAGACCAUCUUCAAGAGACAGAUUGACGUCUUCAUGCAGAAGAAUGUGGACUUCUUGAUUGCAGAGUACUUCGAGCACGUGGAAGAGGCCGAGUGGGCGGUCCAGAUUUUGAAGAUGACCGGGAAACCUGUGGCUGCCACUCUGUGCAUCGGACCCGAGGGAGACCUGAACGGGGUCAGCCCCGGAGACUGCGCCGUCAGACUCGUCAAAGCCGGAGCUCAUAUUGUGGGCAUCAACUGCCACUUCGACCCGGAGACCUGUGUGAAGACAGUGAAGAUGAUGAAGGAGGGAGUGGAGCGCGCCGGGCUGAAGGCUCACUACAUGUGCCAGCCGCUGGCCUACCACACUCCCGACUGCAACCGCCAGGGAUUCAUCGACCUGCCGGAGUUCCCCUUCAGUCUGGAGCCCAGGAUCCUGAGCCGAUGGGACAUGCAGAAAUACGCCCGUGAGGCCUACAACGCUGGCAUCCGUUACAUCGGCGGCUGCUGCGGCUUCGAGCCGUACCACAUCCGCGCCCUGGCCGAGGAGCUGUCUGCCGAGCGGGGUUUCCUCCCCGCCGGCUCUGAGAAGCACGGCAUCUGGGCGAGUGAGCUGAAGAUGCACACCAAGCCCUGGGUCAGAGCGAGGGCUCGCCGCGACUACUGGGAGAAGCUGAAGCCCGCCUCCGGCCGCCCCUACUGCCCCUCCAUGUCCACCCCUGACAGCUGGGGCGUGACCAAAGGCCACGCCUACCUGAUGCAGCAGAAGGAGGCCACCUCCCAGGAGCAGCUGAAGGUUCUCUUCGACAAGGCCGACCAGUGCCACUGAGUUCCCUCCGCUCCGGCGGCGACAUUCCCUCUCGAUGUUUACACACCAAAAAA